AUGAACGAGCGACCAACGACUGCAAGGACUUCGAGGGCGGCACCUACUGCAACUCCGACUGGCCGACCCCCCCGCGCUGCUGCCGGCAACCAAGCCACACGGACAAUGACCCUUCGAUCGUCACAGAGCUCCAACUCAACGACGUCAACGGGAUCAUCACCAAGCGAGGACAGCACGACACUGAGCGCAACGCCGGACUCUCCAGCACCAACAGAGCUGGCACUCACACCUUCCUCCCCCCUUCUAGGUGACUUGCAGGAAAUCCCUGACCGGGUUUCGGCAACUACGGGCACCCCAUCGCCCACGCCUAGCGAGGCCGCCACCGCGAGGAGCAGGUCUUCAUGUGCCUCUCUGUUCUCACAGGUUGGAAAUGCAUCCUCCAUCACGCCGAGUCCCAGGCAACAUGAGUCACCGCACAGCGACACGGACCACGACAACCCACGGCGUUCCCGGCCACCAUCACCGGACCGGGCCCUUACCCCUCUCCCUCCUCUCUUAGGCAGCACAGCUUGCUCUCCAAGCCAGAGCUCCAGGGAUGCGACAAUUCCAUCAGCAACCAGCGAGGAGGAGUCACCACCAGAAGGGUCACGGUUUUCGUCCCGUCUCCAGCAGGAUCCAGACACAGCCCGCGCUACUCAGAGGACCAGCCAGCAAGGAGCACCACAACAAAGCUUGGCAACAGCACAGGAGGACCCUCAAGCAAGUCCAUCAGCCAGGAGUAUCACCCACAGCGUCGACUCCCCCACACCUCCAACGUCAUCCGAGGGACUUUCGAUAGACGACGCAGGCGGCGAGUCACAGGACCCCGCCCCACAGACAGUGAACCCCGGCGAGAUCACCCUCUCCGGGCCAAUCGACGACACAAGCGUACUCGCAGAGCACACCCAGCGAAUCCGGCAACUGCUUCGGGAGCCCGCCACUGCUGAGCGCUGGGACGACUUCCUCUCCAUCCUGGAGGAGGCCGUAUCGGCGGUGAGGAGGGAGGCGAAAAUUCCAGACAACCCUGCCGGUGGGAAACCCCGCGUCCCGACCAACCCGAACAACGCCCAGCAGAUACAGAGCCUGUAUCGUCGCAACCGCCGUCGGGCUGUUCGUAUCAUCGUACAGGGCGAAACCAAACUCUGCGAGAUUCCGCUGGACAGACUGGAGCAACACUUUGCUGAAACAUGGGCGCCGAAGGAAGGGAACACCCACCUGCUCCUUAACAAGGCUCGCCCGGACGACAUGACAGAGAUCUGCCUCGCCCGAUUCACCAGCGACGAGGUGGCGGCCCGUCUUCGCAGAUGCGAAAACACGGCCCCCGGCAGUGACAGGAUCACCUACCGCCAUUGGAAAGAACAUGAUCCUGAAGGUCUCUUUCUCUCCGCAGCAUUCAACGUGUGCCUCCAGUACAAGCAAGUGCCCGACGCCUGGAAGGAAACGAGGACCAUCCUCAUCCACAAGAAGGGUGAUCCGAGUGAGGUCACGAAUUGGAGACCCAUUGCCCUUGGGAACACCAUCUCCAAGCUGUAUGCGGGUUGCCUAGCUUCCCGCAUGCAGCAGUGGGUGUGUGACCAUGACGUGCUCUCGAGGUGUCAAAAGGGGUUCCUGCCGCACGACGGCGUGUUUGAACACAACUUCGUGCUGCAGGAGCGCCUGGACGCCGCGCGGGCCGGCGGUGGUGACCUUUGCGUGGCCUUUCUCGACUUCGCCAACGCAUUUGGCUCAGUUCCGCACAACGCACUAAUCGAUUCUCUUCGUGGUGCAGGUGCAGGAGAGGACUUCUGCGCAAUCAUCGCAGACCUCUACCGAGACAACGCCACCCGGAUUGUCGCCGAAGCUGGGACAACGGCCCCAGUCACAAUCUCCGCCGGAAUUAGACAGGGCUGCCCACUGAGCGGCCUGCUCUUCAACUUGGUGCUCGAUCCAGUCAUUCGGGCGGUCCAAGGAGGUGAGAGGCAGCACAAUGUGCUGGCUUACGCCGAUGAUUUGACCCCCUUGGCGGACAGCCCCAAGAAACUGCAGGACCGCAUCAACGUCGUGGCGGCUCUCGCGGGCCAGCUGGGACUUCGGCUGAACCCCAAGAAGUGCAGAAGCCUGCACCUCUCUGGUAGGACUCCCGUAGGCACUAGGGACACGAAAUUCUUCGUCGACGGAGAAGAGAUCCCUCGCAUCAGUGACUACGAGAGUCAAUCUUUUCUAGGACGCCCCGUCGGGUUCAGCCUUCUCCAAGACCGCUCUAAGGUCGAUGAGGCGAUCUCCGUCGGCCGCACCCUGCUCGAGUCCAUGCUUGCCCCAUGGCAGCGAAUUGAUGCACUGAAAACUUUUGUCUUUCCAGCACUCAACUUCGCCAUGCGGUGCGGACAAGUGGGCAAGGCGGAAUGGGCCCGCCUAGACGACGCACUCCGGCCCCUGAUAAAGAAAACUCUUUAUCUUCCAGGUAACGCUGCAAACAACUACCUCUACGGCAGCGCAGCGGCCGGAGCAGCUGGAAUCCCCCUCGCCGCAGACACAAGUGACGCCUGCCGCGUGGACAACGCCUUCAAGCUUCUGACCUCAGCCGAUCUCGAGGUCCGGGAACUUGCCUUCGAAGCGCUAACCAAAAUUGUCUCCAAGCGCAUUCGCAGGCAGGCCACCAACGAGGAGCUCGCCUGCUACCUCAGCGGCGAAACGGAGGGCAUUUUCCAGGCACGGCCGACACAACUGCAGUCCGUCUGGACCGAGGCUCGGAAGGCUUCCCGCAGGCUACACGUCACCUGGGAAAUUUUCGAGGACGGGGGGACCAGCAUCACGUGUGACGGAGAGGAAACUCUCACGUCAAAGAAACGACGAAAAGUGGUGAAAACGCUGCGCUUCCGAAUGAUGCGGGCACGCGAUCGCUUCCUUCAAGAAAUGCCCAAUCAAGGGAAGGCAAUGGAAUGCGUCGCCGCAGACCCGAGCAGCUCCCACUUCAUGCGCUCCGGCAAAUUCACCCGCUUUUGCGACUGGCGCUUCAUUCACAGGGCACGCCUGAACCUCCUACCUGUGAAUGGAGCCAACCCAUGGACCACCUCCGCCGACAAACGGUGCCGUGUGUGCGGUUACGCAGUGGAAACGCUGCCACACGUCCUGGGUCACUGCAUGCGCCACAGCAUGGCCUACACCAGUCGUCACAACAAGAUUGUGGCGAGGGUGAAACAAGCCGCCAGCAAGAAGUUCACGGUCACGCAUGAGAACAGAGCGGUUGGUACCACCAACCUUCGCCCCGACCUCGUUCUCGCCAGGGGGGAAGAGGCGAUCAUCGUGGACGUGACCUGCCCCUUUGACAACCGGCUCAAAGCACUCGAGGCAGCCCGACUGGAAAAGGAACGAAAAUACGAACCAGUUCGGGACUUCUUGCUCCGCCGCUACCAGAGAGUCACGAUCGAAGCAGUCGUCGUCGGCAUGCUUGGCUCCUGGGACCCGGCAAAUGACAGAGUUUUCAAAAAACUCUGCAGCCGGAGAUAUCUCCGGUUACUUAAGAAGCUUGCAGUGAGCGAGACCAUUGCAGCUUCUCGGGAAGUGUACUGCGCACACGUGGCCAUAAAGUGA